CCCUCUUUCUUGUGACAGCUCCUACCAUCCAUCUUCUUAUUCACUGGGUUGUAUUUAAGAUGGUGCAAUGGAAAAUGGAAAGAAACCUGCUCUUCCUAACUUCACACUGCUCACAGGUGUCAGAUUAACAAUGGAGCCGUCAGUCACUUGCCAGCCAAUCUGAACAUUUUCUCUCGAGUGUUUUUGUUUUGUAUGGAUGGGACUUUGCUCUGAAUCAACUGGAAUAAAUGUUCAUAACUAAAUGAACAAUAAUUUUGAAUUUCUGAUGGAUUAAUCGCCUGUAUUUGUUGUGAUUUUAUUUUUACACACUGUUCUCUGUCACCAUCAAAAACAUGGGGAACUCCAUGGGUUGUGUCCGGCCUCCUCAGGAGGGGCAACUCAGAGGAGCCCCUCCGCUUUCACCAAAGAAGCGCCUCCGUUUCAGACGUAAGCACAAGGGCAAGAAGAACAGGAAAGGAGAGUCAGACCUGGAGGACUCCGAGCGACGAAGAAGCCAUGAGCCAGAUGAAAGAGAGGAGGAGGAGGAAGAUGAUGACGAAAAGGUUACCGUGAUAGAAACAGCAGACUCAGAUUUUAGCAGCAGAGCUCAGACUCUCAUAACAGUGCCUGACAGCAAGUUGAUUCAUUCCAAAACUAAUAUACACAGCAAUACCCUUUCCCCUGGCUCACUGAGUGCCAAUGUAGGGGGGCUUUUAGGCAGCAGACUACUUGAAGUGUCCCCCAAGCCCAGCCCAGCCUGGAGAGGGGUUUUUUGCCUUCCAGGGGAGGAAGACACUGUUAGUGCCAUCAUAGAUGUCUCCAGCAUCCCAAGCCAAACCACAACCACCACACCAGUCAACACGGCUCCAGCCCUGGGCAGCACCACUCCAGGUGGAGGGAGAGUGUGCCGUGUUAGGGAGAAAGUCCAAGGGGUCCUAGAGAAACCUUGGAUACUCCGACAAAAGAAGGAGAAAAGGGACAAGGGGAGGCUGGAGAGAGAGGAAAAGGUGGAUGAUGGGGUAAAAGGAGGUCCAGAAGGAACUUUACGAGUGGACAGGACACCUUCAGGGAGAGAGCGCAAAGGUGUGGUCCAUAUCCGUGAGGUGGAUGGUAAACUGUGCGUGGUGAGGACAGUGUACCCCAGUGAUUUUGGAUCUCCGGUGUGGAGGGGUGAAAGUGACAGUGAGGUAGAUGUGUACAGAGAGCCAAAUGCCCCUUCUCCAGUCACAGGGAAUAUUCUCAAAGUCCAACUGUUGGAAGUGGACAAAAGUAGAGCUGGCACGUCUGCAGUGGAUUUUCCUAUGUCCUCUAACCAAAUGCGGACUCAGGAGACUAUGCUUGUCAAGGGAUUUAACUUGGAUACUCCAGGUCGUGCUCUAGAGCAGUCUUCUCUGUUAGAGUCAGGAUACGCCAGUGACCUGCCACUGACUUCUCCAGAAACAGCGGGCACAACUCCCAGUCAGACAGACUGGGGAGGGCUGACCAGUAGCUCCUCAGAGAGACUGGACUCCAUGAUGGAGAGUCCCCUGUCAGUGCAGACACAGGCGACUGUAAAAUACCUGCCACAGAUUUCAGAGAUUUAUGUGAGCGGCGAGUCAGGCGACCUCACUGCCAAAGAGAAGCUGUUAAUAUGGAGCCAGCAGGCAACAGAAGGCUAUCCCGGCCUCCGCUGUGUCAACUUCACCUCAUCCUGGAGCGAUGGACGCAUGUUCAACGCUCUGCUGCACAGAUACAGGCCAGACCUGAUUGACAUGGAGACGUUGUCACGGCAGAGUAACCGGGAAAACCUCGAGCAGGCCUUCGAGAUCGCUGAGUCACUAGGGGUGACGAGGCUGCUGGACGCUGAGGACGUUGAUGUUCCAUCACCAGAUGAGAAGUCAGUCAUCACCUACGUCUCUUCCAUCUAUGAUGCCUUCCCCAAGAUCCCUGAGGGUGGAGAGGGCAUCGCUGCAAAUGAGGUGGACCAGCGCUGGUCAGAGUACCAGUCCAGGUUCUCCUCUCUGCUCCAGUGGAGCCGCCAGCAUACGGCCCUCAUGGCCAACAAGAACUUCCCACAAAAUCCUGUGGAACUCAAGGCACUUUACAAUGAGUACGUCCAUUUCAAAGAAACGGAGAUCCCUGCGAAGGAGAUCGAGAAAGGUCACAUCGAACACCUCUACAAACUGCUGGAGGUGUGGAUAGAGUUUGGUCGUAUUAAGCUGCCUCCGGGCCUCCACCCCAAUGACCUCGAGGAGGAGUGGGGCAAACUCAUCCUGGAGAUGCUGGAGAGAGAGAAGGCUCUACGGCCAGCUGUGGAGAGGCUAGAGCUGCUGCUUCAGAGGGCCAAUAAGAUCCAGAACAUGGCUCUGGACUGUGAGGAGAAACUCACCCUCGCUAAGAACACACUCCAGGCGGACAUGUCUCGAAUGGAGAGCGGCGAGGCGGUGCAGUGUGAGAGAGAACUGGCCUGCUACCUGCAGGACUGCGAGUCUCUCAUCAGACAGCUCAACCAGGAGCUCAAAGUCCUCCGAGAUGAGAAAUACUACCAGGUGGAGCAGCUGGCGUUCAGAGUGUCCUGCCUUCAAGAGGAGCUGGUCUCCCUCAGACUGCAGUGCUCCAGCGUCUACAGGAAAGGCCAUUUCUCUCAGGCGCUGGGCAGCAUCGGGGCAGAGCACACCAGCCAGAGAGCCUCAGACAGCGGCCUGACACUGGGGCAGACGCUGCUGGGAGCUGUGGGUGCUGUGGGAGCAGUUGGAGCUGCACUCCUGCGACGACCAAUGGCUCGCUCCCAGCUGGUGGCCAUGUCCUCAUCAGAGGACGAAGGAAGCCUGAGGUUCAUCUACGAGCUGCUUGGAUGGGUGGAGGAGACACAGGAGCUUCUGGAGCGUGCCGAAUGGGGCGCAGACCUUCCCACUGUAGAAAACAACCUCAAAGAGCACAACACCAUACACACUGCAGUCGAGGAGCUAAUGAGCAGCUUACAGGAGGCACGCAGCUAUGAGGCUAAAGUUUCUCCCAACUUCAAGAAUAAUUACUCUGAAACCCUGGCGAAGCUGGAGCACCAAUACUGCAAACUACUGGAACAUUCGUCAUGGCGCCUGCGGAGCUUGGAGAGCCUGCACGCAUUUGUGUCGCACUGCACUGAGGAGCUGAUCUGGCUCAAUGAGAGGGAGGAGGAGGAGAUUGCCUUCGACUGGAGCGACAACAACCCCAACAUGAAUGCCAAGAAAGAAUUAUACAGUGAAAUGAGGUUAGAGCUGGAUGAAAAACAAGAAGUGAUGCGGUCACUCCAGGAAACAGCCAACCGUCUGUGUCAGGAGAACCAUCCAGCCAAACAGACUGUGGAGGCUUACAGUGCAGCCCUGCAGACUCAGUGGCAGUGGGUGAACCAGCUCUGUGUGUGUGUCGAGCAGCACCUUAAAGACAACACGGCGUACUUCCAGUUCAUGAGUGACUCUCGGGACUGUGAGUCGUACCUGCGCCAGCUCCAAGAAACCAUCAAGAGACAGUACACCUGUGACAAGAACAGCAGACUGAGCAAACUGGAAGAUCUGCUGCAGGACUCAAUGGAGGAGAAGGAGCAGCUGAUUGAGUACCGGAGUACGGUAGCGAGCCUGGUGGGCCGGGCCAAGACGCUGGUGCAGCUCCACCCCCGCAGCGCAGAGAGCACCCUGGGAACCACAACACCCAUCAAAGCCAUCUGCGACUACAGACAGAUAGAGACAAACGUUCAGAUCACCAUAACCCGAGGCGAGGAGUGUGUGCUGGAGGACAACACUCAAAGGACCAAGUGGAAGGUGAUCAGUCCCACAGGGAACGAGGCCAUGGUCCCCUCAGUGUGUUUCACUGUCCCACCACCAAACCAGGAGGCCAUGGACACAGCCAGCAGGACAGAGCAGUUGUACCAGAAGGUCAUGUCUUUGUGGCACCAGCUGCAUAUAAACAUGAAGAGUGUGGUGUCCUGGCACUACCUGCUCAAAGACAUCAGGACUGUCUCCGGAUGGAACCUGGACAUGGUUCGUUGUCAGUCUCCGGCAGAGCGGGAGCAGGUCCUGGGCCACCUAGAGUCCCAGCUGGCCGACUUCCUGUCUGACAGCAAAGAGAGCGCUCUGUUCACCCCAGGCGAGAGAAGAGAGCUCGAGAAGGAGGUUCAGCAGGCGCAGCAGCACUGCCAGAACCUGCUGCUCAACAUGGAGACUGUGGAGAAGGAUGAGUCAGUCUCACGUUCUUAUCUGUCGGAGCUGCAGAACAUCACCCUUCGUCUCAAUGAGGCCGAGCAGAGACUGUUGAGGGGAAUUGAAACUCCGCCCCCCAGCCGGCUGUCAGGAGACAGUACUGACAUCACCGUCCAGAUUACUGAGCAAGAGAAACUGCAGUCGGAGCUGGACACCCUGCGGUCCAGUUUGGGUGACGUUUCUCGUCGGUGCGUAAGUUUCUUCGAGGAGAAGUCGACAUCUUCCAGCGUCCCUGUCCUCCGAUCUGAACUCAAUCAGGCUGUGGAAAAAACAGACAAACUGCACAACCUCUCGUCUGUCUACUUAGAAAAGUUAAAAACAGUAGAAAUCCUAAUGCGUGGCCUGGAUGAAGCAGAGAGCUUGGUCAGGAAAAACGAGAGCCGACUAAGUGAAGAAGAUAUCGUUCCUGCCGACACAACAGCCAUUCAAAACCUCAGAGAUCAGCUAGAGAAGUGGCAGAGUGAGCUUACCGAGCAGGAGGACAUCUUCCAGUCCCUGCAAUCACAGGUAGGUCGAGCCAAAGAGGCGGCUUCUCGGCUGAGCAGGCUCCACCCAGACCGCAGUCCUGAAAUGGAACGCUACCAGGAGAGAGCCAAUCAGAUGGCAGAGAGGUGGAGUGGAAUCAAGAGACAGAUGGAGAUACGACAAACUGAGCUAGAAGCUCUGGGCUCAGCCCUGCAGCAGUACAGAGACGGCCAUUCUGCUCUGAUUAAAUGGAUCGAAGAAACAACAGAGAGACAAGAAAACACACAACCUGGACAGACUGACAGCAAAGCACUGUCUGAACAGCUGGCCCAGCAGACGGCAUUAGUAGCUGAGAUUGAACAGAACCAGACCAAACUAGACGAGUGCCAGACUCACUCCAAACAAUACUGCACCUCAGUGAAGGAUUAUGAACUACAGCUAAUGACCUACAGAGCCUUUGUGGAAUCCACACACAAGUCACCUGUCAAGAGGAGGAGGAUGCACUCUUCCUCUGACGCCAUCACUCAGGAGUUUAUGGACUUGCGGACACGCUACACAGCACUGGUCACCUUGACAACCCAGCAUGUAAAGUACAUCAGUGAUGCACUAAGGAGACUAGAAGAAGAAGAGAAAGAAGUGGAGGAGGAGAAGCAGGCCAGAGUGGGACAGGUUUCAGAUCUGCUGGGCUGGGUCAAGGGUCUCCAGGGACGGACUGGUGGUCCCAACGCUGAGUCUUCACUCGCUGCUCAACAGGCCAUCAGUGAACAGCUGGCAGCCAAGAAGGAUGAAGUGGCUGAAGCUAUAAGGAGCACACAGGUCUUCUUGCUAUCAAAACAGGCCAGCAAAUUGUCCCUAGAGGAGCGUGCUAAUGUAGAGGCCCAGCUGGACGAGCUGACAGCCACCUACAACCAGCUGUGUGAUAGCUCCACCCAGCAGCUGCAGCAGCUGGAGCAGCAACUGGCCAAAGAGGAGGAAAGAAAGAAACAUCUUGCCAUUGCUGGAGUAAUCGACCUGGGAACAGUGGAAACAUUCCCAGUAUUCCAAGCAGCCAAACGUGGUCUUAUUGACCAAGACACCUGCCAUGUACUCCUCGAGGCCCAGCUCAUAAUGGGUGGGCUCCUCCAGCCUGAUUCCCCUCACAAUCUUUCACUGGAACAAGGUCUGGCUCAAGGCUUUAUCGACACCCAUACCAGACAGUCCCUUUCUGAGUUACAGAAUGCCUUGGUCUUGGUGGAAAAUUCUAAGUCUACCGAUGACCAACAACAAAAUGUGUUACCAGUAGCUACAGCCAUGGAGGUCGGCCUCAUCGGAGAGGAAGUGGGACUUCGGAUUCUAGAACUUCAGAUGAACACUGGAGGCCUGAGAGACUCAGCAGGACAAAUUAUGAGUUUGGAGCAAGCAGAAGACAAAAGACUUUUGACUCCAAGAGUGCUCAACAAACUCCAGUCAAGGCUUCAGCGUCGAGAGUUGAUCAAUCCAAACACAGCUGAAAAAUUAAACCUAUAUGAGCUACAACAGCGUUGUGUUCAUGACAGUGACUCAGGUCUGCUCCUCUUUCCUGUCGAGCAGCAACCUGGAGGAACUGUCUGCCUCCGGUCAGGAAGAAAAGUUGGUAUCUUCCGUGCAGUCCAGGAAGGCCUUAUUGAUCGUAAAGUUACUGUACGACUUCUUGAAGCUCAGCUCUUUGGCGGUGGUAUUGCUGACCCACGUUCUGGCCACCGGCUGACCAUUGAGGAGGCUGUUCGUCAUGGGCUUUUGGACCAGGAUCUAGCCUGUGCCAUGUUAGCACGACAGCUGCAAAAUGGGGGGAUUCUAGAUCCUUUAAGUGGAGAACGCUUGGAUUUGGAAGAGAGUAUCCGUAGGGAUCUUCUCUCUUCUCGUUUGGCUGUCUUGGUCCUUGAGUCUCUUUGGGCAUUCAUGGGAAUACUCUGGCCUGAAUCUGGAGAACUCUUGCCAAUUGUUGAGGCUUUUCAACAAGGAGUGAUCUCAGGAGAGCUAUCAAGGAACAUCCUAAGGCAGCGACAUGCCAUUGGGGCUCUUUACAACCCUGAAACGCUCCAGGUGCUGCCUUUAAACCAGGCUGCUGAAGAGGCCCUUGAGCCCAGUGUCAUCAGUUCUCUCAAAGACAUUCACAUCCCUGAUGUUCUUACCAGCAUGAACCAGUCAGGCACUCCAUCUCUUAACCGCUUGAGCUGGGGUUCCACUAGCUCCACUCCACCUCCAUCCUCUCCUUCACCUUCAUCAUCUACCGAAGGCCCUGUCUGGGAUUCUACACCAACACAGGGAAUAGAUCCUGAAGAACAAGCAAAACACAAGCUGCUCUUUCACCUCAUGACUCACAGCUAUGUGGAUGCUCAUACUGGAAAACGCUUGGUGCUGCUAGACUCUGAGUUGGUGGAGUUGGUCAAAGCUACUGAACUGGUUGCAAGAGAUUCAGUGUAUCGAAGUCAAGUUGAGCCUCAAACCAGUUUGACCAGAGAUGAGCAGGGAAAGUUACAAAUGGUGAGACAGUUUAGUUUGAAAGCUAAAACAUUGAGUGAGAAACACCAUGAGGUUGAAGAAGAAAGUUCCAAUAAAGUCACACUGAGCAAAGAAUUUGAGAUGAAUGGUAAAAGCAGUCAAAAAGAAAGAUAUGAUGGAGAAAAUGACAACAUGCCACACAAACCAUCAGAAACUGUAGAGAGGGAUUUAGCAUUUGGAGCAAAAAACGAAAUUGACAUUAGUAAAGAUGCAAAAGUAAAAGCUCAAAAGAAAGAAAUCUCUGAUCUUGAAAGUUUAACAGCUUCAGCUGAACAUCUUAAAGGAGAAUUGACAAAAGGACGUAAAGUGUCGGUAGCCACUGAAUCCAAACCCAGAGACACUGAUCUUCAGGAGACAACCACAACAGUGGGAAGAAAAACGGUCACAACACCGCUCAAAUCAGAGGGAGAUUUAAGAUUGUUGAAAGAAUCCGUCCCAAAGGUGGCAAAAACAAAUGAAGAUGCUCAUUCAACACAAUCUGAUGAUUGGAAAGGUGUAAAGUAUUCCCAGACUGAAUCAGGAAAAAUCAAACAAAAAGUGCCCAUAACAGAGACAGACUCAAAGCAUGCUGAACCUCAGAUAGAUGUUCUUGAAUCACCAGUUGAGAAGGAAGAGGAGGAUGCCAAAUUACGGAAGUUGGUCCUGGAGCUUAAACAAGGAGGUCUGAUGACAGAUGAAGGGGAAAGGCUGCUACCAGAUGAGGCCGUCGCUCAGGGUGUCCUCCCUGGCCACACAGCAGUUAAGUUAAUGGCUCAGGCAGGUCUGUUUGGGGGUUUCAUCGAUGCCAGCAGUGGCGAGUCACUCAGCAUGGAGGAUGUUAUGCAGGAGGGUUUACUGGAUGAAGACCUAAUGUGGAGUGUCCUAAAGUCAGAUAAAACCCUUGCAGGGGUUGUGGAUGUUGAUAAAAGGCAGAUCUGUGGGGUGAGGGAGGCAGCUCAGGCAGGAAUGAUUGACCCCAACACUGCUGCUCGACUUCUAGAAGCCCAGGUGGCAUCUGGGGGGAUUGUUGAUCUACGUAGGGAUAAGAAAGUUUCUGUCACUCUAGCAGCCAACCUGGGACUGAUUGAGGAAAAUCAAAGGGAUGAAUUGAUGGCGCUAGAGAAGGCAUACAAAGGCAAGGACACAGAUUCAGCAACAGCCCUCACUAAAGCCAGUUUACAGCUACAGAUGGAAGGUGUUAUUGACCCAGAGUCCAAGUCUCCAGUUCCUCUGGAGCAAGCCAUUCAGAAAGGACUAAUUCAGUCUAAGGAGGCUUAUCAGGUGUUGGCGAGGCAGGUGGCUGAGGGUGGCAUAGUACAUCAUGCUUCAGGGCUGAGGCUGUCAGUUUCAGAUGCAGUAGAUAGAGGACUAGUGGAUCGAUCCAUUGCUCCUGGGCUGGAGGAGCUAGAGUGGGUCUACCAAGGAAGAGUCAGCCCUUCAUCUCACCCAGAAGCUGUCAAUUUCCAGGCAUCAACAGGAGCCAUUUUAGACCCUGAAUCUGGCUGUAAGCUGACAUUGACAGAGGCAGUGUCUAAAGGUCUUCUUGAUGAGGAUAUUGCCAGUGAAGCCAUGGCAUCUUCUACUGUAACACAAGGAGUGCUUGACCCCCAAACUGCACGUAUUGUGCCAUAUUUGGAGCUUGUAAACCAGGGUACAAUUGAUAUCGAAACAGGCAAACGUUUCUUGGAGGUGAAACCAUUCAGAGGUGUUCAUGAUGUACAAACAAGAGAAAAUUUGACAGUUCCAGAGGCAGUUGCAUCAAAGCAAGUUGACCCAGUUCCAGCAUUGAGACUGCUCCAAAGCCAGGCCAACAGUGGAGGGAUCAUUGAUAUCAGUACUGGAGAAAGGCUUCCCCUAAUGGAGGCCUGUAACAGAGGUUUAGUUGGAGACAAAAUGGUGAGGGAAAUAGCCAUCAACCAGUUUCUCAAAGGAGGCUUAGUUGAUCCUGCCACCGGACAACAAGUGUCCAGUCUUAAUGAUGCCAUUGCAAAGGGUCUGAUCUCCAGAGACAUAGCUUCAGACAUUCAGGAGAAAUUGGCCUUUGUGGAGAUGGAGGUUGAAGAAGGUAGUGCUACACCUGUUGCCUCAUCAAGUGAUACAUACAGCCCCUCCAUUAUCAUGUCAGUGUCAUGCCCAGACAGUCCAGAAAACUUGUCAGAUGUAAACACUGAGCGUUCUUCAACAUCUACACUUUCAAAGACAGGUUCAGAAAUUACAGAUGAUGAUGGGAAGACAUUGACAUCAGUAGUAUCAGAUCAGUCAACACUUUAUGACCCUACAGAAGAGGACAAGGUAGAAGUGCCAGUGGAAGAAAAGACUUCAGUUGAGCCAGACCAAUCCCUUGACCUCUUGUCUAAGUUUGCAAUUAAUGUGGAGAAAAGAAUUCAGAAGACUAUAGAAGAGAUAGUACCACAGGAAGACACCAAUAAACCAGAGCCUCUUCCUACACAGAAGCUUGAUGAGAAACUGCAAACAGGCAAGAGCCAGACUAAUAAAAAACAAAAGGGGAAAGAUCUUAAAGACUCUGUUGCAGAAUCCAUUCAGACUAGUGUCCAUGAUACUGACAAAAAUUCACAGGAACAAAAAGGGGAUACUAUUUUAAAGUCAAAAGAUACAAGAGACGACAGACAAAGCAAAGGUAGCACCGAAUUAUCACAAUGGAGUGAAGAGGUUCUUAGAAAGAUUGAUGUGGCAGCACAGAAAGAUGAUGAUGUAGAUGAGAGCGGUACAAGAGUGGAGACAGAGAAACCUUUAGAGGUUGAGAUCAAAUCUAUCACUGAUGUUGAGCAGUCAGACGAUAUAUUGACCUCCAGAGUGACACAAAGUAAAAGCAAGAAGAAGAGGAAGAAUAAAAAGAAUGGAAAGGGAAAAGAAGCAGAGAGUGAAACACUUUCUCCAGAGAUAGAACAUUUAUCCCAGAUUGAUCAAGCUGAUGCACAUAUUGAAUGGCAGACUGAGGCUAUUGUUGUCACAAAUGAGCCUGUAUCACAGGAGAAAAAUGUGAAAUCACAGAUUGGUAGUCAGGCAGAUUCCACUCGGCCUCCCAGUGGACAAAGUGAAGUUAAGGAUAAAAAGAAAAUUGAGGCUGAAAAUAAUUUGGUAAAACAGGGACAGGAAGCAGGUCCAGCCACUCUGGAAUUCACGGAAGAUGCUAUUGAGCCAGAGAAAGACGUAGUGAAAACUAUAAUGUUAAAAGAUACAGAAGGGGGUGUUAAGAAAGAGAAGAUGACAAGGGAGCAUCAGAAAGUGAAAGUUGGAGAGAAGGUAUCUGUCUCUCAGCAACCAGAACAAACAGACAGCAGUCAGGAGGUGAAGAAAAAUAAGGAGCAAGAAUUGCCUCAGAAAUCUAAUCUACCAGACAAUGAAAAAGCAGCCUUGAUACUGAAAGCCAAAGAGAGCAUUCUUAAAAAGGUUUUUGAGAAAGGAGUGAGCGAGAAGCAGACUGCUGAGGAGCUGCAGGCAUUGCGCAGUGAGGUGACAAAGAAGGAGAGUCGAGGCACAAGUGUUGAAGAUGUAAAGACCCCAACUCUGCCAUCUAAGAUUGAUGGAGUGGAGAGUCAUGAUGUCAAAGAUGAUGGUGUCAAGAGACCCAGUGGUCCACCAAGAGACAAGGAGGAAGAGCUGAGUGUUAAAGAACACAAAAUGGGUCUGAUGGGGGUCAAAGAAGAUACAGCUGUUGAGCAACGUUCUGUCAAGGAGGACAGAGAGACCAAACUGUUGGAGGUUUCUUCAGAUGAGAGAGAACACAAGAUGGGAUUUGGGAAGGAAGACAUACAAAAUAAUAUUGAGGCAACUCCAUCAUUACAGCCUAAAGAAACUCAGCAAAGUAAACGAAGUAGGAAGAACAAGAAGAGCAAGAGCCAAAAAAUGACAGACAAAACUGAGCCCGAUAUUGAGACCAUACUGACGCCUGAAAAAGAUGAUUCUGAGGUUACAUCAACAAAAAUGAUCACAAAAUCUGCCAUGACUGAGGACCAGAGGAUGGAUGGAUAUAGUAAUAGUGAGUCAGCCAGUGAUGUCAUCAGACCUAUAGUUGGUAAGGAGGCAAAUGAAGAGGAGACUUCUGAAAAUGAUGCUAAAGAAGCUGAGACCAGUCAACAGAGUCAAAUAAAUUUACAUCAGUCAGAAGAGCCCAGUUCCCCCUCUGAGGAACACAUAGAGUCGACAGAGGCCACAUCUGAGAAAGAAGAAUCUCAAGAAUCACCUUUAGAAACCAAAAAUGCAGGUGAAUCCAUUGACGGUUCUCAGGAGAUUACUACAUGCAAACCAGACAUCCAGCCCACAGCUCAGUCAAUGGUUCCUGGCACACAAACAGGUAAAAAGACAGGGAAAAGCAAAAAGAAGAAAAAGCUCCAACCUGAAGUUAAAAGUGUCAGUGUUGCUGAAUCAAAAUCUUUGAAAGACCAACAGCAAAAUCUUGAGUCUCCAGGAUCAGCAGAAGAGGCUUCAACUGAGUCUGAUUCACCUAAAGUCCCUGAGUCUGAUACAGCCACUGAGAGCUGGAAGGAGGGAGAGGAUGAUGUAAGAGACAGUCAAGAAGUAAUAAAAGAAGUGAUGACACCCAAGACGGGCAAGUCAUCAUUGAUCCGUCAGGAAUGCUUGGAGCAUGACCAGCAGAUUGUUGCCCUGGUCUCCAUGGUAAGACAUAUUGAGGUUCGACUCAAACAGCAGCAACAGCAGUCAGUGGGCCGCAGCCUCAUCGCCUUGGAUGACAUCAUCAGACAGACUGAGACUCUGGACCUUGAAUUGCGUGAUUUGGAGCCUGCGAUCAACAAGGAAGUGGAGGCGGCUGAGCAGCUGUUGAAACCCAAACCUAAAGAUGUUCCUCCUCAACUCUUGUUGGCCCUGGAAAAGGAUGGGCGAAGCUUGGCUCGAGGAUAUGAGGCUGCAAGAGCACUUUCUAUGGGUAUUCUGCAAAGUCUACAAGAUCAUAGGGACUCAUAUAAGGAGGCAGUAACAGCUGAGCAGAAGUCACUCGGAGGACAAGUGGAGAGUCUGCUCUCUUGGUUGAGGGAGACAGAGGCUCGUAUGAAUGGAGGAAUGGCGGGGAUGGAAAAAAUGGAAAAGGCAGAGAAAGAUGACAGUCAUGAUCAGCUUACACAGCAGCUUAGUCUUUGCAAGGAGCUCCAGUCCUCAUUGAUGGCUCGCUCCAAUGAGGUCAACAAUGUAGCCUUUGACAUUCAGGUGUUCAUCUCAGAGCGUGCUCAGGAUCUGGCCCCUGAGCAGAGCAGGCAGCUUCUGGGGCAGCUCCAGCAACUCCAGAGGGCUUUCCACCAAGCAUCGGGCCAAGCUCAGGCCUGGGCCGAAGCCCUCUCCGCCCAGAGAGAGAGGGAGGAGGAGUGGCAGCGGAGGGAGCGAGUGAAAGAAGAGGAGAAGGACAGAGAGAGGCAGAGUGCAAGGGAGAGAGAGGUGGUCCAACAGCAGAAAGCCGAAUGUUCUCAGAAACUAGAAGGCCUUUCUAUGUGGCUGGCUGGAGCUGCCAGCUUAUUGGCGAGUCAGAAAGCAGGAGCAGAGUCAGAUGAUGUGAAUGUCCUGCAAGAGAAGCAGAAAAAGCUAAAGGAAGUAGAGAAGGACCUGAAGACCAAACGGGAGGGCAUAGCUGAGGCUAUCCGCUCUGUGGAGGAGCUCUUGGCUGAGCGAGGAGAAAGUCUGAGUCCAGAGGAGAGGAAGAAACUCCAGGAGGCGCUAGCAACAAUGAAGGAGCAAUACGGUGCACUGACAGAUUCAGUAAACACGUCACUGACAGAGGUGAACUCAGCCAUCAACACCACUGUACAGCAGAACACACAAAGGGCAAAGGCUGAGGAGGAGCUCCAGGAGACCCAAGGCCAGAUAGACUCUUUGCUGAAUGAGUUGUCUUCCCUGAGCCAACCAGGCGGGAGAGGAGUUGGAUCUGGAGUGACAAGAGAUGUUGUAGACAUACCAUUCUCACAGCCAGGAGGCGCUGUGUUGUCACACACAGAAAUGCUGCAGGCCGAGCUUCAGCAGCUCCAGUCUCAACAGGCUCAGCUACUUCAGAUCACACAGUCAACGCGCUCCCUUCUGGAACAACCUGACUCCACUGUUCCUCCUGAAGAGAAGCAGCGUCUUCGGGCUGCCCUGGAUCAGCUGCAGGCCCAGCACCAGGACAGGCUUCAGAGCUGCCAGGACCGUCUGAGGAAGUCUGAAGCUCUGAAGGAUGAGCUGGCAAAGUUCCUCCAAGAACAUGGAGGGUUAGGUACCUGGCUGGAACAAAGUGAGCAGGAGCUCCGUUCACUUGGGGAAGGAGAAACUGAUGCACAAGGCCUGAAGGGCAGGCUGGAGGAGCACAGAAAGCUCGCCGAAGAUGUAAUUUGUCACAAGGCAGACCUACGCUUUGUUUCCAUAUCUGGUCAGAAGGUUCUUGACUCUAUCCAGGCAGCUUUGGAGCAAGUUGGUGGUUCAGAUCCAGCAAUGAACAGCACCAAGCAGCUAGUAACUGACAAGCUGCAGGAUGCUAACCACAGAUACACAAACCUACACACUAAGUCAACAGAGUUGGGCGGCCGUUUGUCCGGCCUGUUGGAGAGGUACCAGCAGUACCAGGAUGAGGUUGUUUCCCUCCAUUCAUGGCUCAGCACUCAGGAACAGAACCAAAGCAUAGCCAAGCCCAGUGGAGAGACAGACCCUCAAAACCUGCAGAACACACUACGACAAGUACAGAUGCUGCAGGAUGAGCUGGCGGAGCGUUCAGUGCAGCUUGAGAAGGUGAAGAGAGCAGGAAGAGAUCUGGUCAGCACAGAUGAAUCGCCUUCCCUCAAAGCUGUUGAUAUCCUUUGUGCUGCAGAUGGUUUAGAGAAGAGGUUUGGCUCCCUCUCUUCCUCUGUAUCAGAGCGGGCAGAGCAGCUUCAGACUGCAGUGGCCCAGUCUGUCAGUGUCCAGGAGGGCCUGAAGGGUCUGCUAAGCUGGCUGGACAAACUUGUUGUCAAUCCUGGACCAGUCGAGGCCACCGCACAGGCUGUUCAAGAUGCCCUGACCCAGAACCAGAAACUUCGGCAGGAGCUGCUGUCCAGGCAGGGCAGCGUGGAAGCAACACGAGACUCUGUUUCCAAACUCCUUCAGAGCGCCGAUGCCUCUACGGCCUCUGGCCUUCAGGGUCCUUUAGACGAACUUACUCAGCGCUAUGCUGCAGCGCAAACUAGCCAGGCAGAGAGGGAGGCUGAGCUCAAAGGGCUGUUGCCCAGAUUGGAGAGCUACGAGCGGUUGGGGACCGACCUCCAGGUCUUCACACAGAGCCGGGUGAAGGCUCUGAGCCCGGCAGGCCAGCCAGACCGCAGCGUGGAUGACUACAGGCAGACCAUUGAGGAGGUCAGGUCCGAACUGGAGCAGGAAGCCAGCCAGCUGAAAUCCUUCUGCAACCUCGGCACAGAGCUCAGCCAGUCAAAAGCUUUCGGUAACACUCAGAGCUUACUGGAUAAUGUCAAAGGGGUUUCUGAUGAAUUCACCCAACUGGAAGCCAAUGUCAACGAAAGGUUUGCUGCGAUCCAGGCCUGCGAGCAGCAGCUGCUGCAGUUCCGCGGCCUCUCUGGCUCCCUCCUCAGGUGGCUUCAGACAGCACAGGAGCAGCUGCCGUCCAAAGAGGCCAGCCUCACCACAGAGGCCCUGCAGAGAAGAGUGCAGCAGCUAAAGGACUUGAUGAACGACUGGGAAUCACAGCGAUCAAGGGUUCAGGAGCUGAACAAGACGGGAUCAGAGCUGGAGUCCCUCAUCAUCGACAUCACCACUCCUCAGGCCAAAACUGGUGCUCCUCAAAUCAAUGGCUCAGCAGGUCCCAGCAGUGUCAAUGGCAUUCACACCUGUAAAGACCUGACAGAGCUCCAGGUAGCCGUGUCUGAUGUAAACGGUCGAUACGAGGCGCUGGGUGGGGAGUUGAAAGAGCGUCUUGGUCGCCAGCAGGCCUCGCUAGAGCUGAGGCAGAAAGCCAGACAGGGUACUGAGGAGCUCAAGAGCUGGCUGACAGACAGAGAGCACAGCUUGAAACAAGGACAGACCGCUUCUCCCUCCAGACCUGAGGUGGUACGCGCCCAGGCCCAGGAGAACAAGGCCCUGCUUUCAGAGCUGACUGAACACUCUGGGAAGGUUGAUGAGCUGAAGAGCACACUAAGGAAGCUGAUUGCUGAUAAUCCUGAUUCUCCUGAGGCAGACAGCUGGAGACAGCAGCUUCAAGAGAUAGAAUGCCGCUGGCAGACAGCCAAUCAAGCUGCAGCCCAGAGGCAGACCGAACUGGAGACUUGUGCUGAUAGGCUGGGCAGCUUUGCCUCAGCAGCCAGUCAGUUGGGCCCAUGGCUGAGGGAGAAGGAACUGAUGAUGAGCGUGCUGGGACCGCUGAGCAUCGACCCAAACAUGCUCAACACACAGAAACAACAAGUACAGUUUAUGCUGCGUGAGUUUGAGACCAGGCGGCCACAGUUUGACCAGCUGACCCAGUCUGCAGAGGGUAUCCUCUCCCAGACUGGUGACUCUUCUCAGGACCCUAAGGACCUAGAGGAGGUGCGUUCUGAACUGGGCUCCAUCUCCCAGCAGUGGGAGGACCUAACAAACCGACUGAGUCAGAGAUCAAACCACAUCGACCAGGCCCAAGGAACCAGUGAACGUUACCAGGCUUUGCUCAGAGAGCUCUCCUCCAGUGCCUCUGCUCUCGGUGAGAGGUUGGAUGCCCAGGCUUCACUGAGCGCCCAGCCCGAGGCACUGAAACGUCGCCUGCAAGAAACCGGAGAGAUCAGAUCAGAGCUGGAGAGACGGCGGACUGAGCUGGCUGAGGCUGAGAGGCUCUGCCAGGAGCUCAGCACCAUUGUGGCUGAACCAUACCUGAAGGAAGAGCUUAGUAAACGACUGGAGAGUGUCAGCGGACCACUGAAGAGUUUAGAGGAGCGCGCAGCUGAUGGUCUGUCUCAGCUCCAGACUGCCCUCUCAUCCACUCAGCAGUUCCAGCAGAUGUUUGAGGAGUUGCGCUCCUGGCUGGACAAGCAGGCAGAUCCCAAAGAAUCAUCCACUGAUGCUCUACCCUGUCAGUCUGAGGCCAUCCGCUCCCUGUUGGCACAGACGGGUGAUCUCCAGCGAGGGAUCGCAAGUCAGCGAGGUUCCUACGAGCUCAUUCAAGCCGAGGGAGCAUCACUGCUAGCCACUCUGCCUGUAGGUGGAGACGAACGGUCUGCACUGCAAUCCCGCCUGGCCUCCUUGAGGCAGGACUGGGAAGGGCUGAACCAGAGAAUCUCUGAUCGAGAGAAUAGACUAAAGACCACCCUGAGCAAAGCAGAAACCUACCAGCAGCACAAGGCCGAGCUGACACCGUGGUUAGCAGAGUGUGAACAGAAAGAUGGAGAGAUCCAGCCGUCACUGGAUGCAUCAGCCCUGGAUGAGGCUUUACAGAAGGCUCGAGGUCUAUCUUUGGACCUUGAAAGACGACAACCUCUCCUCGAGGCUUUCAAUACUGCAGCCGAUCAGCUGCUGGAACAGUGUUGCAUCGGAGAGGAAGAGGUACGAGAUGAAAAAGCCCAGCUGAACCGCAGGGUGGACAAACUGGGUGAGAGACUUCAUAACCACACCUCCCAGCUGGAGGAGCUGGCGUGUCGCCUGAAAGAGUUUGAAGAGGGCAGACAGGCUGCAGAGAGGAGGCUGGAAGCUGCCAAGCACCAGAUUGAAGUCCAGGAGGCUUUGGGACCACAGGCAUGCAGUGCGAAAAGCCUUGAGAGACUGAGAAGUCAGCAGGAGAAUCUCAGGUCCCUGAAGCCUCAGGUGGUCUACCUUAGAGACCUGGCCCAGGGGCUGGUACAGGACUCUCCACAGACAGCAGGAGGCAGCACUGAGGGCACACAGAGGCUUCAGGAGCUGGCCAAGGAAACAGAGAGAGACUAUGAUGACGUUACUGAGAAGAUUGAGCAGUGCUGCUCCACCCUGGAGUCCCGGCUACAGGGCGUCGGCGAGGUCCAGUCUCAUGUUCGUGAUGUCUUCUCACGUCUUGCCGACCUCGAUGAUGAACUGGACUCCCUCAGCCCAGUCGGACGCGAUGCAGAUUCCCUGGCGUCUCAGGCCGACGCCCUAAAGGGCUUUUUGACACGUUUGACCAACCUCAGGUCAGAGCUGGAAGGUCACUCUUCAGACUGCACCUCCAUGCUGCGGCGAGAAGGCUCCUCCCCUGAUCUCCUGGCUCUUAGGAGGGAGACAGAGGCUCUGAACCGCCAGGCUGGCAAGCUGAGUGAGCGCGGCCAAGCCAGGUUGGACCAGAUCGAAGACGCUGCUGGGAGAGUUCAGGAGUUUUACAGGCAGGUUGCCGAGCUGCAAGGCCUGCUGGGAAAGGCGGAAGAGGGACUGAACGCACAGGGCCUGGUUGGCUCUGAGGUGGAAAUGAUCAAACAGCAGCUACAGGAGUUCAAGGCUGUGGAGAGAGAGCAGGUGGACAGCAUUCAACCGAAGCUGCAGCAUGUCAACGCAGUGGGUCAGGGUCUGAUCCAGAGCGCCGCCAAACACACAGACACCCAGGCGCUGGAGCACGACCUCGAGACAACCAACCUCCGAUGGAACUCACUAAACAAGCGGGUGGCAGAGCGGAUCGCCCAGCUGCAGGAAGCCCUGUUGCAUUGUGGGAAAUUCCAGGAUGCUCUGGAACCUCUGCUAAGCUGGCUGAGCGACACAGAGGAGCUGGUGGCCAAUCAGAAGCCUCCAUCUGCAGAGUACCGCGUGGUCAAGGCCCAGAUCCAAGAACAAAAGCUGCUCCAGAGGUUGUUAGAUGACCGCCGGCCCACAGUGGAGAUGAUUCGUGCUGAGGGAGCGAGGAUCGCAGCCACAGCAGAUACUCAGGACCGUGAGAAGAUACAGACCCAGCUCCAGAGUCUGGCAGAGAGAUGGACUGACCUGCUCGACAAAGCCAGUGCUAGGCAGAGGCAGUUGGAGGAGCUGCAGGUUUUGGCUCUUGAGUUCCAUGAAGCCCUGGAGCCCCUGGGAGAAUGGCUGAGUGCCACCGAGAGGCGCCUGAGCUCUGCCGAGCCAAUGGGAACCCAGACGGCCAAGAUAACCCAGCAGAUCGUCAAGCAUAAGGCACUCCAAGAGGACGUGUCCUCACGUGAAGCCGAGGUCGACCACCUCGAGUCCCUCAGCCAAUCGCUGACCCCACUCAGCUGCACGGCAGAUCGUGAUUGGUUAAGUGAGCGGGUGGGGGCGGUGAGGUCAGGUCACUCAGAACUCACCGAUUGGUGCACGAGGCGGGCGGGCCUGCUGGAGCAGGCCCUGGCUAAUGCUCAGCUGUUUGGGGAGGAUGAGGUAGAGGUGCUGAACUGGCUGGCAGAGGUGGCUCAGAGGCUGGCUCAGGUCUCCAUCCAGAGCUACCAGCCUCAGCUGCUGGCUGAGCUGCACAAACACACUCUGUCUCUAAAUGAAGAGAUUGUGAGCAGGAAAAAGACGGUGGACCAAGCCAUCAAGAACGGACAAGCCUUACUCAAACAGACCACAGGCGAGGAAGUUCUCCUGAUCCAGGAGAAGCUUGAUGGCAUCAAGUCUCGCUACGCUGAGAUGACGGCCGGCAGCAGCAAGGCCCUCCGCACCCUGGAGCAGGCCCUGCAGCUGUCCACACGAUUCGCCAGCGCCCACGACGACGUCAACCAGUGGCUGGACAGCGUGGAGGCUGAGCUCAACAAUGUAGAGCCAGACGCCACACCCUCAUACCAGGAAAGACAGAAGGAGCUGAAGAAAGUGUCGGCAGAGAAGCGCCUGGUGUUGGACACUGUCAACGAGGUGGGAAGUGCCUUGUUAGAUCUGGUACCAUGGCGAGCCCGCGAGGGCUUGGACCGCCUCGUCGCUGAUGCCAACCAGCGCUAUCGCCAGGCUGAUGAAACCAUCACACAGCGGGUGCAACUGGUACAAGCUGCCAUCCAGAGGUCACAGCAGUAUGAGGAGGCAGUGGAUGCAGAGCUGGCCUGGGUCGGGGAGACAGAGCGUAAAUUGGGGUCUCUGGGGCCCCUGAGCCUGGAGCCUGACGUUACGGUGGCCCAGCUGCAAGUACAGAGGGCCUUCAACAUUGACAUCAUCCGGCACAAAGACACCGUGGAUCAGCUCCUCAGCACCAGAGAUGACAUCCUGGAAACCUGCAGUGAUGCCCAGAAGGAUGCACUGAUAGUGAAGACGGAUUCUCUCAGCGCUCGUUAUGAUACAGUAAGCCAGAGCCAUAGCGAGCGGUUCUCAGCCCUGGAGCAGGCCCAGGUUUUGGUCGCUCGGUUCUGGGAGACCCAUGAGGAACUGGAGCCAUGGUUGGGUGAGACCGAAACCCUCAUCACCCAGCUGCCUCCACCAGCCAUCGACACAGACGCUCUCCGACUGCAACAGGACCAGAUGAGGCUGCUCAGGGAGUCUAUCGCAGAGCACAAGCCCCACAUUGACAAGCUGCUGAAGAUUGGACCCCAGCUGGCCGAACUCAGCCUCCAGGAGGGGGCGUCUGUGAUACAGCGCUACACAGAGGCAGAGAGACGCUACCUGGCCAUCAAAGAGGGGGUUAAAGGUCGUGCAACAACCCUAGAUGAGGCAGUGUCCCAGUCUGCACAGCUGGUAGAGUUUCAUGACAAGAUGGACCCCCUGUUGGAGACCCUGGAGGGGGCAGUGCAGCGGCUGCGGCAGCCCCCUUCGGUGGCUGCGGAGGUGGAGAAGAUCAGGGAGCAGCUGGCUGAGCACCGAGCCCAGGGGCUGGAGCUGGACAAACUGCUACCAAGCUUCUCCGCCCUCUGUGCCCGCGGAGAGGAGCUCAUCGGACGAGCCGCUCACGACGAUCCUGCUGCUCAGGCUGUUCGUUCCCGCCUCCUGCGCCUCCGCUCCCUGUGGGAUGAGAUCCGGCAGCGAGCUGAGGAGAGGGAGGGGAAGCUGAACGACGUCUUGGACCUGUCAGGGAAGUUCUGGGCUGAUGUGGCGGCGCUACUGAGCACUCUCAGAGACUCCCAAGAUAUUGUGAAAGAGCUAGAGGACCCUGGUGUGGACCCCUCACUCAUCAAACAACAGAUUGAAGCUGCCGAGGCCAUCAAGGCAGAGACGGACGGUCUGAGGGAGGAGCUGGAGUUUGUCAGGACCCUCGGAGCUGACCUCAUCUUCGCCUGCGGAGAAACUGAGAAACCUGAGGUCAAGAAGACCAUCGAUGAGAUGAAUGCAGCCUGGGAAGGCCUGAACCGGACAUGGAGAGAGAGGAUGGAGAGACUGGAGGAGGCCAUGACAGCGUCUGUGCAGUACCAGGACGCACUGCAGUCUAUGUUCGACUAUCUUGACAAUGCAGUGAUCAAGCUGUGUGACAUGUCGACUGUGGGAACAGAUCUGGGAACUGUCAAACAGCAGAUCGAAGAGCUCAAGCAGUACAAGGUGGAGGUAUACCAGCAGCAGAUUGACAUGGAGAAGCUCUGCCACCAGGGGGAGCUGCUGUUGAAGAAGGUUUCAGAUCAGACAGACAGAGACAUGAUCCAGGAGCCACUGACCGAACUCCGACAUCUCUGGGAAAACCUGGGGGAUAAAAUCACCCAAAGACAGCACAAGCUGGAGGCUGCCCUGCUGGCCCUGGGUCAGUUCCAGCAUGCCCUGUCUGAGCUGCAGGCCUGGCUGAACCACACGCACACCACUCUGGACACACAGCGACCAGUCAGCUCUGACCCCAAGGCCAUCGAAAUCGAGCUGGCGAAACACCACGUGUUGCGUAAUGAUGUGCUAUCCCAUCAUUCCACUGUGGAGACUGUGAACAGUGCUGCCGCUGAGCUACUGGAGUCCUCUCCUGGCGACGAGGCCAGCCACCUCAGGGACCAGCUGGAUCAUCUCAACCAGAGCUGGGAGAGCCUCCUGCUUAAGACCCAGGAGCGGCAGAAGCUACUAGAGGCUGCUCUGCAACAGGCUGAAGGUUUCCAUGGCGAGUUGGAGGAGUUCCUCCAGUGGCUGCGGAGGACGGAGAGCCAGCUGUCUGCUGCCAAACCAACAGGCGGUCUCCCUGAAACAGCCAGGGAGCAGCUACAGCAACACAUGGAGCUUCAGGCGCAGCUGACUCAGCGAGCUGACCUGUACCACCGCCUGCUGGAUCAGGGAGAGUCCAUGCUUCUGGCUCGUGGAGGAGAGGAGGCAGGACCCGGUACCACCCAGACUCAGCAGAACCUGGCCAUGUUGCAGAACAAGUGGGCCAGCCUCAACACCAAGAUGGACGACCGCAGGGCAAAGUUGGAUGAGGCCGUUUCCUUGGCAACAGGUUUCCAGACCUCUCUGCAGGACACCAUCAACUGGCUGACCCAGGCUGAACAGACCCUGAACAUGGCCCAACCCCCAAGCCUCAUGCUAGACACAGUCCUCUUCCAGAUCGAUGAGCACAAGGUAUUUGUGAAUGAAGUGAACACCCACAGAGAGCAGGUCUUGGCUCUGGAGAAGGCCGGCUCUCAGCUUCGCUUUGCCAGCCUGAAGCAGGAUGUCGUACUCAUCAAAAACCUGCUGCUCAGCGUCCAGGCUCGCUGGGACAAGUUGGUCCAGAGGUCACUGGAUCGCGGCCGACACCUUGAUGAGGCCCGUAAACGUGCCAAACAGUUCCACGAGGCCUGGAGGAAGCUGACAGACUGGCUAGAAGAAGCCGAGAAAAGACUGGACUCAGAGCUGGAGAUCUCCAACGAACCAGACAAGAUCAAAGUCCAACUGGCCAAACACAAGGAGUUCCAGAAAGCACUGGGGUCGAAGCAGCCGGUUUACGACACAACAGUAAGAUCUGGAAAGGCCAUGAGGGACAAGGCUCAGCUGCCCGCAGACACCCAGAAACUGGACCACCUGGUAGGAGAGGUCCGCGACAAGUGGGACACUGUCUGUGGCAAGAGUGUAGAGAGACAACACAAGCUAGAGGAGGCUCUGCUGUUCUCAGGACAGUUUGCAGAGGCUCUCCAGGCCCUGGUGGACUGGUUGUACCGGGUAGAGCCCCAGCUGGCUGAAGACCAGCCCGUCCAUGGUGACCUGGAUCUGGUGUCCAACCUCAUGGACUCACAUAAGGCUUUCCAAAAGGAGCUCGGUAAGAGAACCAGCAGCGUUCAGGCUCUGAAGCGCUCAGCUCGGGACCUGAUGGAUACUGGCCGCGAUGACACAGCGUGGGUCAAAGUUCAGCUUCAGGAGCUCAGCAACCGCUGGGAUACAGUGUGCGCCUUGUCGGUCACAAAGCAAACUCGCCUCCAACUGGCUCUCAAACAGGCGGAGGAGUUUCGUACGGCAGUGCAGGUGCUUCUGGAGUGGCUCUCCGAGGCAGAGCAGACGCUUCGUUUCCGCGGUGUCCUUCCCGAAGAGGCAGAAACUCUGCAGGCUCUGCUGCACACACAUCGUGACUUCAUGGGCACCGUGGAGGAGAAGAGAGCAGAUGUCAACAAGGCUGCUGGCAUGGGAGAGGGCAUCCUGACUGUUUGUCACCCAGACUCCAUCACCACCAUCAAACACUGGAUCACCAUCAUCAGGGCACGCUUCGAGGAGGUGCUGACGUGGGCCAAACAGCACGAGCAGCGACUGGAGACAGCUCUGACCGAGGUGCUGAACAACGCCAACCUGCUGGAGGAGCUGUUGUCAUGGCUACAGUGGUCUGAGACCACAUUGAUCCAGAGAGACCAAGAGCCGCUUCCUCAGGACAUUCCUCAACUCAAAACACUCAUCACAGAACACCAGAUGUUUAUGGAGGAAAUGACGAGGAAACAGCCAGAUGUCGAUAAAGUGACGAAGACCUACAAGAGAAAACCAGCGGAGGCUCCCAGCAGCCUGGCUGAGAGGAGAGGAGCCCGUAAACACCAGCAACAGCAGCAGCAGCAGGCUGCCAUGCAGGUCCCUGGAGGAAACCCACGACUCAACCAGCUCUGUGCCAGGUGGCAGCAGGUUUGGCUGCUGGCUCUUGACCGCCAGCGCAAACUCAACGAUGGUCUGGACAGACUGGAAGAGCUCAAAGAGUUUGCCAACUUUGACUUCGAUGUGUGGAGGAAGAAGUACAUGCGCUGGAUGAACCACAAGAAGUCUCGUGUCAUGGACUUCUUCAGACGCAUCGACAAGGACCAAGACGGAAAGAUCACUCGGCAGGAGUUUAUCGACGGCAUCCUGGCAUCAAAGUUUCCCACCAGUAAGCUGGAGAUGACAGCAGUGGCAGACAUCUUUGACAGAGACGGAGACGGUUACAUCGAUUACUAUGAAUUUGUUGCUGCUCUGCACCCCAACAAGGACGCCUACAGACCCACAACUGACGCUGAUAAGAUUGAGGACGAGGUGACUCGCCAGGUGGCUCAGUGUAAAUGUGCCAAGAGGUUUCAAGUGGAGCAGAUAGGCGAGAACAAAUACCGGUUCUUCCUCGGAAACCAGUUCGGCGACUCUCAGCAGCUGCGUCUGGUGAGGAUUCUGCGUAGCACUGUGAUGGUGAGAGUCGGAGGUGGUUGGAUGGCUCUGGACGAGUUCCUGGUUAAAAAUGAUCCAUGCAGAGUGCAACAUCCAGGACUUAAGAUUCUCCGCUCCGAUUCCAGUAGCUCCAUCUCAUCUCGUAUAGCUCGCGGUCGCACCAACCUGGAGUUGAGGGAAAAGUUCAUCCUUCCUGAAGGAGCCUCUCAGGGUCUGGCCGCCUUCCGCUCCCGAGGUCGACGCUCCAAACCGGGCUCCCGCAACGCCUCGCCCACCCGCUCCUCCUCCUCGGCCUCCCACAGCGGCGCCUCGCUACCCUCCGCCCCCUCCGCCCCCGCCACACCGACGGCCUCCGCAUCAUCCAGGUCCACCCAUACUCACUCGCGUGACUAUGCCAAGCCCUGGCUGGCACACAGUAAAACUCCAACGCCAACCAAGUGCCACUGCUGCCCAGAUCUCGGCCACGUCACUCCUGGGCACGAGGGGGCGGCGUCGGGCUCCAAACUAAAGAGGCCGACGUUCCACUCGAGCCGAGGAUCACUAACCGGAGAGAACGGAGGAACUAGCAAACCUUCACGAACUGAUCCAAAGCGAGGGGGAUCCACCGUCAGCGGUCCGACCAGCCGAGCCGGCAGCCGGGCGGGCAGCAGAGCCAGCAGUCGGCGCGGCAGCGAUGCCUCCGACGCAUCAGAGCUGCAAGACGCUCGCUCCGUCUGCUCCGACGCCUCGGACACCCCGCGGCGGCCCGGCAGCGGGGCCAAACCCUCCAAGAUCCCCACCAUCUCCAAAAAGGCCCCCAGCCCAAAGACCACCGGGUCUGCGAAGAAAUAACACCAGCCACAGACGGUGGGCCGCUAUCGACGGCCAUUUUGUGUGUACCAGCUCUUCAUUCUGAGGGAGAAUUUGUGCACUAUGACUGACAUUUUCCAGGGGAAAGGAUGAGGAUGAGUGAAUCUCCCUCUCACUCUUUCCCCAGACUGAAGACAUGCACAGGACGAGCAGAGUUCUGGUCUGGCAGUCCAGGCCAGAGUCCGUGGGGUCCAAACCGACUUUUGCCCUUUAAGAAGCGACCCACAUUUUGCCUUCCAGUCUUCUGCUUCGUCUUCAACAGUUCCCACCAGCGCGGAACCCAAACCCCACCGGACUUGACGUGAUGCUGCCUUACUUUGUGUUACACUCUUCAGACAGAGCGACAGAAAGUCUUUAAACUGCUUUAUACCACACCGACACACAGACACACACACUUUAACAAGAGGCGGGGGAAGGGGUGCGACACACCAACACCACCACCGCAGCUACACAAACAAACAAAAAAGCUCACAUGACAUUCAGGACAAAAGAGAAAGAAUUGUGGGUUAUUAUUUUGGCCUGCGGGCCAGAUGCCUCAGCGAUGAGUUUAAAAAGAAAUAUGCAACGACUGCCAUGUCGCUUCCUCCUGACUGGUCGGCGGGAAAAAGUUAAAAAAAAAACAAAAACGUCACCUCAGCAGAUCUGUGUGUGUGGAGAGCCAGGGAGGCAGGAAACGCUGUCCGACACACACACACCGGCUUAACCUCAGACUCGGAGGAUCGGUGGUGGUGACGGUGGCGGUGGUGGUGCUGCUGCAGCUGAGGGCAAACUCUCACACACUCACACACCGCAGAGCAGACUCCUCCCGACCGCUGGAACGCUCAGAUCGGCCCCGUGUGUGCAUUUCAGCAAAGGGCGGUGUGGUUUUGUCACAUGCCGGCGUAACAAUCCGACACACAGAAAUCACAAACUGGCAAUAGAGAGGACUAUUUUUACGGUGACACACUCAACUAACAGCACAUUACUGACAAUAUACGACAUGCGUAACCUAACCCGAUGUUAAUGACCGUGUUCGCCGAGUUCGACAACCAGCAUGCACUAAUUGUCUCUUCCUCUGCAGUUCCACCUUAAUGUCUACACUGUGUUGCCCUAAGCAACCCAGCAACUCUCUCUCUCUCACACACACACACACACACAAGACGUGGUGUGUAUCAUGUGUGUCUUUGUUACAGGAAACAAUAAAAGGUCAUCAACUUGAGUCACUGUAUGCAAAAAAUGUUUAAUUUGCGAAUGUCAUUUUGUUUUCUCUUCUCGUUGUGUUCUGGUUAAUUUAUAAUCCAGUUGUACUUUUGUUAUCUAGCUUGAAAGAAGAAUCUAUUUAUUUUUCAGUUUCAUGUCAUAUCACACGUCGCGGAGAGUGAUUUUAGUAUUAUGGUUAAAGAAAAUUGUGAUUUUUGUACCAAGGAAAUGUCCGCUCCGCUCUUCGACACCAUGUGUGUGUGUAAAGUGUGUUUCUACUUCAUUGUAACAUUAUUCACUAGGUCGCUGAUUCUAGUGGCAGCCUUGUUUGUUCAUUUUUUUCUCUUUUGCUAAUGACUACAAUUCCCAGACCAUGACCAAAGGGGUUUGCCCUUCAUGUGUAGAGAGAACUACAAAUAUGAAUGACAGGAGACCUGGGCAGAGCGGACCAAUGAGAGCGGGCUUCCUCCCUCAUGUCCCUCCCCCAGCGUCUCUUCUUCUAGGCUUUUUUUCAAAUGUCCUGUCGCUGACGGGGCGAGUUGUCUCUGUGUUUAUCUCCGUGUAAGAGAUGAAGUUUAUGAAAAACUAAGAAAGAAGACAUCUUAAGGUGAUUUUUAUUUAUUUAUUGUCUCUCUGAGGGAGUCUGGACUCGGGGCGCGGGAGACGAGUCCGCCACCUUUUGAUGCUGUGCUACUCUCAGUGUGAUGAUGAGAACAUGGAGGGGCGUUACUAGGAGUCAAUUGUGUAAAAGUAAAACAAAAAACUAAAAUUAUAAACAAUUUUUGUUCUGUUUUUGUAUUAAAAAUAUGCUUGCAGUAAAAA